AUGACACUACUUGCUGCGACUGUCCCCGAUGAUACCUAUGAUUACAUAGUUGUUGGCAGUGGCCCGGGAGGAAUCGUCACUGCUGAUAAGCUUUCUGCUAGCGGCAAGAGUGUGCUCCUGAUCGAAAGAGGACCUCCAUCAUCUUUCCGAUGGGGCGGGAGGCAAAGAGGGGCCUGGCUUGAGAAUUCCAAUCUUACAAGGUUCGACGUUCCUGGGCUUUACGGACACAUAUGGCAAGAUAGCGCUGGCAUCAAAUGUCCGGAUGUUGUUCCCAUGGCAGGCUGUGUUCUCGGCGGUGGAUCUGCUAUCAACGCGGGCCUUUGGUUCAAGCCUCAAAGCUUGGACUGGGAUACACAGUUUCCCGAUGGCUGGAAGGCCAAGGACCUGUCUGCUGCCACAGACCGAGCCUUCAGGCGUGUUCCGUGGACUGACGUCCCUUCCAAAGAUGGUGUCUUGUACAAUCGUCAGACCAACGACCUAAUAACGAAGGGACUCGUCGAAAACGGAUGGACCAGCGUUAAGGCAAACAAUGAGCCAGAUGUUAAAAGAAGAACCGUUUCCCAAUCAGAGUAUUUUUACCAGCAUGGUGAGCGAGGUGGGCUCUUGGAAACCUAUCUUGUGUCAGCAACAGCUCGCGGUAACUUCAAGCUCUGGACGAACUCACUCGUCACUAGAGUGGAGAGAAUGGGAGAUAGUGUCACUGGUGUGCAAGUAGAGUCCCGAGGUUACAAUGGCACCGUCAAACUUGCUGCUGGUGGCCGAGUCAUUCUCUCUGCUGGAGUAUUUGGCUCAGCUAAGAUUCUGUUUCGGAGUGGGAUUGGCCCGAAAGAUCAGCUAGAGACUGUCCAGAAAGCCGAAGGCGACAUACUCAUCGACUCUGCCCAGUGGAUUGAUCUUCCAGUCGGUUAUAAUCUGGACGAUCAUGUAAACACAAACAUUCUCUUGGAGCACCCGGACAUAGUCAAUUACGACUUCAACGGCGCCUACAACAACCCCGUUUCGGAUGACGCCUCAGCAUAUCUAUGUGAGAUGGCAGACCUCCCCUUGCGAGAUGGUUCGGUUUUGUUGACUAACAGUAAUCCUGCAGCCAACCGAUCAGGCAUACUGACCCAAGCAGCCCCAAACAUCAACCCAAUCUUCUGGGAUGCGGUUAAGGGGGAGGAUGGCAUCGAGAGAUGGUUUCAAUGGACGGGCUAUGUUGGCGGACCACAAACAGGCAAGACAUACACUGCCCUUGGACUAGGCAAGACCUCAAGGGGCCGCGUCACAAUCAACCCAUCCCUCUUGAUGGAUGUCAGUGUACUUCCUUACUUCAAUGACGAAGGUAAUCACGACUUUGAGGCUGUUGUCACUACCGUGAGUGGAGUUGUCAAGGCAAUUUCAUCCAUUCCUGGCGCUGUAAUGAUUCACCCCGCCCCUGGUCAAGAUGUGCGAGACUACGUCCAAAAGUUGGCUGUGGAUAUUGGCCGUACCGCCAAUCACUGGGUUGGAACCACCCGUCUUGGAACCGACUCUGCUCUCGAAGGUGGUAAAUCCGUCGUUGAUCUCAACGCGCAAGUCUAUGGAACGAAAAACCUGCACGUUGUUGACGCAGGGAUACUCAAUGGGAUUUUCACUGCGAAUCCGCAAGCUGGAAUUGUUAUUGCUGCCGAGAAGGUAGCAGAAGACAUCAUGAGAUUGCAUGGAUAA